AUGUCUCACCUGCCUGUAUUCCCCGUUCAUCCCGAGGUCUGGAAAGUCGCACUGCGUCAGCUACGGGAUGGAGGUGUGUGGUCCGAUAUCAGGGAGAAGAACAGACUACUGGUACGCACUGGUGGAUAUCCCGGGAUGUCCAAGGAUUGGACGUCGUCACCGUACCGCUGGCUGCUCAAGCAGGGCGAUUCACGCUCCUUGUAUCGCCAGUUUCAGCGCUUGGGCGGCGUAGACGUCGAUACCGCACCGCAUCGCAACGUCGACCACUGGCUGAACCCCUCCCAUCCCGAAUACAAUUCCACUCUCGCCGAAGCCGUAUUCCACUACUCGGCCCGGACAAAACGAAGUGAGCGCUUCGAAAUCUGCAUCGCCACCCCGGAGAUGAAGAGCGCUGCAUGGAAGUACGCACAUAACUCGCAGAUCAUUCUCGACGGUACUUUCGGUGUCUGCAAUAGCAAAAUCUUACUAUUCAUUGCCAUGGCGCUUGACGAAGAAUCGAGAGGCGUACCUAUCGCGUUCUUCCUGUUCUCUGCUCCCUCUGGUAACAAGUUCACACCGAGCGGAUACAACACCGAGAUCCUCACACGCUUACUUACCGAAUGGAGAAAGUCCAUGGGCGAACAAAACGGGAGUUCCUUCCAUGCCCUUGUCGCGAUCACAGACACCGAUACGAAGGAACGGAACGCACUGCUCAAAGUGUUUCCGGGCAUCUGGCUUAUCCUCUGCAAGUUUCAUCUCCGUCAGUGCUGGACCAAUCAUCGCAACCAUACCCUCAAGAGUAACUCACAGAUCGUCGGUGCCUCUGAAAUCAUCACACGGCUCGUACGCCUCGAGGAUGCCUUGGUGGCUUCACUGGUCCACGUAGACGCUAUACGACUCGUUACGGCAGAGAGGGAGACAUUGGAGGCCCUGAAAGCUUCGGAUCCAUCAGCGGCAACAGCAGCAGAUGCCGGGAUUUCUCACCUCAAAUAUCUCAGCGACAACUGGGUUGACGAUGAGAUGCUGUGGAAGUCAUGGUCGAACCAUGGCCGCCACGUCGCCGCGAAGAUCCUGGGAUGUACGUUCGAGUUCGUCCUACCGACCACGAAUCAUCUUGAGUCCUUCAACAACCUCCUCAAGAACAAGCACUUACACCGCUGGCAAAACAACAGUCGUCCUCUUCGACUUGAUGUCCUCGUCAAUCUCCUCGUCUUCAAGGUCUUUCCAUCUAUAUUUGAAGAGCGGAAGAUGGCCCAUCAGCUCAAAAUUGCUUGGGAAACGCGAAUACGGCAGGCAGGGGGCGGUCACUUACUUGGCGCGCGUCGUACAACUCUGGAGCGACCAACGAUUGCGCAUCUGGAGCCCGACGAACGCCGUGAUUCCGAUGCACAGGCCCUGCUGGAGAAACGUCAAGUCAGCACCCCCGUUCUUGAUCUGGAGACGAAAACCAUCACCUUCCAAUGCUAUUCGGCUGCCGCUCUAUCUGUCGACACGGAACCUGUCACAUACACGAUCAUCAUUGAGUUGACCGGCGCUGCUCGUUGCGAUUGCGAAGACUUUCGAAGGCGUGGUGGGGCCUGCAAACAUCUUCGUGCAGCACUACUUCAGCUCUCGGCAUUAAAGCAAGCAGGAAAGAACGUACCGGCAGCUCCAUCGAUCCCUAAAACCGUUGACGAAGCGCGUAUACUUGAGGCGAGCCUAUUCGCCAACGCUCUGGCAUCAUCUGGAGACCUGGCUGGUACUACAAGCCCCAUCAAGCGCGCGGUCGAGAGCGUUGACGACAUCCUGAGGGAGGGCGAGGGAAUCUACGAGGUGAAUGAUGGAGUGGCAGUAGUAGGCAAUAGCCAUUCAGAAUCUCUUGGGGGGCGGACACCAUCAGAGUACACGAGUGAAGCCGAUCCCUCUGAGUAUGCCAGCGCGGGAGACGUCGAUGCAGAGGAGAGUCGUGUCGUGGGAGACACAGAGAUGGAGGACGGUUCUGAAGAACGCGCACAGGUCGCCGUGUACAAAACUUCGGAACUUCACACGAUGCCGGAUACGGAUCAGGAAUCAGAAGCGCCCAUGCCGGCAUCCUUCGAGCUGAAGCCAGGAGACGCCAGAGCCACCGUGAACACACAGACGCUGAUCCGCACAUUCUUCGAGCUCGCAAUAACUACUCCGCGUCUGAGCGAGUUCGCAGACGAACUGGGCCACACACAUCUCGAGAAGGACAACCACAAGAUCUAUCAAAAGGCACAGCUGGCCUUGACACAUGUCAAGGCUCUUUGUGACCAGCUAGAGCGUCUCACAACCGAGUUCACAACCAUAGAAAGUCAGCCAGAGACAGAGGAUGCAGGACCGCCACAGGUGGAGGCACCGACAACGCCACAACGCCCAAGCAGGACGACGUCGGCCCCUAAACGCAAGUUGAACAAGUCGCGUGCAAGGUCCGAUUCAAUCUCCGACGAAUCUAUACUCAAUCCCUCACCUCAGCCAAAGCAAAAAAGAAAGAAAUCCUUCAAAUCAAUGUAG